GAAGCUACGGGAGGCGGGUUUUAGUACUCGAGUCGGUGGCGCUUCCGUAACUCUCGCCGCGGCGCGGCUCUCGCUGUCUUAUCCUUCUUUGCCACCGACAGACGGCAUACUAUAUAUUCUCUUCGAGUCUCGGAUUCUCCAUUCAUCGAUCGCAUGGCAGCCGCCGAGACCGAAGUGGAUGGCCCGGCUAUCCGAACCCUGGGCGCCCUGUUCUCCGUCUCGACUGUCUACCUCUCGGAUGACGUUAGGGUUAGCAACUUGGAGGUCUCUGAUCGCAUUGGUAGCCUGGAAGAAGAAGAAGAAGAAGGUGAAGAAAGCGAAUCCAGGAGAUCUACUAUCACUUGUGACGCCAGCAUAAGCGGCAAGCAGGAAACAGAUUAUUGUUAUUUGAUGGAAGAUACGGAACUAGCUCAGAGUAUGGCUGCUCUUGGACUCCCAGUUUCUUUCAAGACAAAUAAGCAGAGAAAGGUGUCUACUUCAGCGAAGAGAAAGGGAAUGCUGGUGAAAUCUAAGUAUGCUCAUAAUGAUGUAGAGGAACAAGAUCCUGGCAUUUCUAAAGUUGAAAAGGUUCUUCGUGAUGGCACAAUUUUACCUGUUUCCAUCAAUAGUACAGAAUGGGUAGCUUCUAAUCUUGAUGAUUUAGAGGAAAGUCCUAGUAGCAGUGUGCACUUUGAUGAACAGUUUGUAUGCGAAACUGCUGUAACCACUAGUGAGGUUGGUGAAAGUCAAGAUUGUGAUGAAAUAAUCACAUUGGAACAUGUGGUUGAUGAAUUUCAAACAUCUGGUGGCAAUGUAGAUGUUAAAAUUUUAGACCAUAAUAAGAAUUUAGAUACUGGAAGUUUUACGCAAGAUGUUUCGGAAGAGUUGAGCUCUGGACAUUAUUUGGAGUUGCCUAACAAACAGGAGUCUGAUAAUACUUCUGUAUGCUUGGAAGUUGGUGACUGGAGGGUAUUAUGGGAUGAUUAUUAUCGGAGAAACUACUUUUACGACUCCAUAACACAGGAGACAACUUGGUACGCUCCUCCGGGAUUCGCGUAUCUGGCAUCCAACCAAUCUACUUCUAAUGGCUUGUCUGCUGAUGCAGCUGAACAGCAUUCAGGCUUUGAGAUUGAUUGUGAUACUGACAGACAUCAGGAUGCAAAUGUAAUACAAGCUGAAAGUGAUCCACUCCUGGAAAACGAAAUUGUUAUAGAUCAGAUGUUAUCAGAUUCCUCUGAUAAAAGCAACUAUGUUAAUUGUCUUGGUAUAAAUCGUGGCUCUGAAAGUUUCAACACGAUCACCAAUGCCAAAGAAGUUUCAGAGUAUCUAUUUUCAGACCAUCCUACAUGCAUCAAUGACAAUACCAGAGAUGAGCUUGAAACUUUGGAUAAACAAGCAGAGAAAGUCACUCACGAUGAGGCAUCACUUGAAAUUCCCAUACAAAACUGUUUGAUCACUUCAUCAGAUGAGAUAGGUUAUGAUGGAGAAGGAAAUGAAGGCUCUAUGACAGAUGAGCUGGGCAAUAAUUAUGUGUCUCUUAAUGGCAAAAAGAAGAGGAGAGCAAGAAGGCAAAAAUCAGAGCCUAAAUCGCCAGGAGUUUAUGAAGGUGUCUCUGCCAGUACUUUCAAGUAUUGGUGCCAGAGAUAUUCACUAUUUACCCGAUAUGAUAGUGGCAUAAAGUUGGAUGAAGAAGGAUGGUUUUCUGUCACACCGGAGCCCAUUGCAAGACAUCAUGCAAACCGUUGUGGUGGUGGUGUUGUGAUUGAUUGUUUUGCUGGAGUUGGUGGAAAUUCUAUCCAAUUUGCCAUAAAGAGUAAUUAUGUUAUUGCCAUUGACAUUGAUCCUCAAAAGGUUGAGUUCGCAUAUCAUAAUUCUACUAUUUAUGGAGUUCGUGACAAAAUAGACUUUGUUCAAGGUGAUUUUUUCAAGAUGGCAGCUUACAUGAAGGGAGACUCCGUGUUUCUAUCACCUCCUUGGGGUGGACCAGAUUAUGCAAAAGUGCAAACUUAUGAUAUCAGAUCCAUGCUUAAGCCUCAUGAUGGGUACCAUCUCUUCAAAAUUGCAAGCAGGAUUGCCUCCAAAGUAGUAAUAUAUCUUCCUCGGAAUGUUGACUUCAACCAAUUGGCAGAGCUUUCUUUAUCAGUCGAUCCUCCUUGGACACUUGAGGUUGAGAAGAAUAUAUUGAACGGGAGGCUCAAAGCUGUCACUGCCUAUUUCACUAGUACAUCUUGACUCGACUCUCUAAACACUGUUCCGUUUUGUGAUUUCGCUGCUAAAAAUGCGGGUGAUGUUUGCUUCUCCUAUCUAUCUGUAAUUGUGUCAGAAAGAAUCUCCGCCGUCCCCUGAUCAGGACUAGUGAGAUCUCUGUAUGUUGUUUGUAACUUCACCUUUUAUGUUAUGACAGGGUCGGUCUCUCUGAAA